CAAAUCAGAAUCAUAGACGAUUCUUAUCGUUCUGCGCCGUAGUCUUAAGUCCCAUCGAAGAAAUCCCCAACCACCGCCGUUCCUCCAUUUCCCCGCCACUCCUCUCCGUCCCUUUCCAUGGCGAACUCGGACGAAGCCAAACAGGACCUUAAUAUCCUAAACCCUAACAACGACCAGGAACACCACCAUCCAUCUCCCUCCGACGUCGAGGACGACGACGACGGCGAGUACGAAGCGGAGGACGACGGCGACGACGAAGACAAAGACGCCGAUGAAGAUGCAGAGGAAGAGCCGCCGCGGAAACACAGGCCUCCGUCGAAGGAGGCGCAAUUGCGUGCGGAGAGGUCCAGGCUCGAAAACCUGAUCCGCCGAAUGUCCACCGAGAAGGUUCCUCUGAGGGUCCACGACGUGAUCAUCAGGGGAAACGCGAAGACGAAGGAGUACGUGAUCGAGGCCGAGAUUGAGGCCAUCAGGAAGGCCGGGACCAUGCAGGAGCUUCUUGAGGCGGCUGGGAGCGCCAAUGUGAAGCUCCAGGGGCUCGAGAUUUUUGACUCGGUUCGGAUCACGCUCGACUCAGGACCUCCCGAGUUGCCUGGAACCGCCAAUGUCAUCGUCGAGGUUGUGGAGACCAAAAGCCCUCUCUCCGGCGAAUGCGGCGCCUACACUAAGCCUGCGGCUAGAUCUUGGACACUUGAAGGUUCACUUAAGUACAAAAAUUGGCUUGGAUAUGGAGAUCUCUGGGAUGGUUCUUUGGCAUAUGGUCCCAACCAAACUUCUGAGGUGAGUGCAGGUGUGUAUCUGCCGAGAUUGAAAGGUUUCUUAACUCCUGUGGUAGCACGAGCUUUUUUGCUUUCUCAAGAUUGGCAAGAGUACUCUUCUUACAAAGAGCGGCAGUUGGGUCUAUCUCUUGGCGUAAUUUCGACCAAGCACCAUGACUUGGUGUACAAUCUUGGAUGGCGUACCUUAACAGAUCCAUCACAGAUGGCCUGUAGGACAAUCAGAAGGCAACUUGGACAUGGCUUACUAUCAUCUCUUAAAUAUACGUUUAAGGUUGACAGAAGGAAUUCACCUGUGAGGCCAACUAAAGGUUAUGCUUGCGUUUUUACCAGUCAAAUUGGUGGCCUUGCACCUGAUUCUCGGUGUUUAAGGUUUUUACGCCAGGAAUUUGAUGUUCGCUAUGCUUUGCCUUUUGGAUUUUAUAAUGCUGCACUCAACUUUGGAAUCUCUGGUGGUGUUGUUUUCCCAUGGGGGAGUGGAUUCUUGAACAAUCCUUCAUCCCUUCCAGAAAGGUUCUUCUUGGGUGGUGAUUUCUCUCCAGUUUGCACUGUGGGAGGCCCAUCAACAGUGUGGGGAUUUAAGACAAGAGGCAUUGGUCCCACAGAGCCAAGAAGGCAAAAUAGCGAUAAAUCUAAUGGCGAGAAUUCAGACUCUACUGGAAAAGAUGUUAUUGGGGGAGACCUUGCUGUUACUGCAUUUGCAGAUCUUUCCUUUGAUCUUCCUAUUCGCUGGUUAAGAGAACAUGGAGUACAUGGUCACAUUUUUGCAGGUUCAGGGAAUGUAGCAAAAUUAACAGAGAAUGAGUCUCGGAACUUUUCUUUCCAGCGGUUCUAUGAGUCAUUUCGAACUUCUGUUGGAGCUGGGAUUGUCGUGCCAACAAAGUUCUUCCGUCUGGAGUGCAACUACUAUUACAUACUGAGGCAGUUUGAAGACGAUCGCGGGAAGACUGGCUUUCGGGUCAGCAUCUCAGCUCCGUCAUAGGAUCUGGAUCUAAUUGUCAUUUCAUUCGGGAAUCAUGAUAACUGAGGUGGCUUUUUCUUUUUUGGGUUGACAACUCGGCUUCUUCACGAAGCAUCUUAGGCUUGGAAUGGACAGUUGCAAUUUUUUUCAUAAUUUGAAAGGCUACUAGACCGGGCUCGAGAAAGUGUGGUCUUUGUUACGCCCAAAUAGAGGAAAAUAAAAAUGCCUGUUGGAUGUUGUAAUCUGUGGCUUCCCGUUUUAAUUCACAGAACCAUUGAAAGGUCUAAUAUAAACACAAUUGCUUGUUUUUGCAGGAUCUUAAUUUUUUUCUCGUGUAUGUUGACUGUAUCAUCCCAUAAGCAAUUUGAAUCAUAAA